AGAAAACCUGAGUUAAGCCCAAAUAUAGCUAACUAACACACUAAUCUUGCACAAUGGCACGGGCCACAGAUGUUAAUAAUCAGUGGACAACAGCUAGGUUUAGCUAGCUAGCUAACUGACAUUACCCAAACCGAAAUCAAGCAAAUGGAAAGCUACUAGACAGAAUUGUGGGCUCACUUGUGCUGAGACAGCUAAAUUGUAUGUUCAGAAACCAGUGUUACACUACUGUCAUCAGUUUUUUCAACAAUGAGUAGUGCAAGGAAUUAUAAUUUGAAAUUUGUAAUUACAUUGCAGUUACUUAUCCCAUUAGCGCUCCAUUACCACAACAGUUUGCAGGUAGACUUGAUUGCCGUCUUACUGGUAGUUUGAUGGAAGGUUGAUAUCAGUUCAGUGCGUUCAGUGGACAGACUGGUCCGGUACAUGCUAGCUUAAUGUGGGGGCUACAAAUAAAAGAACAGAAAUGCAAGUCCAGAAGAUGGAACAUGUGGAGGCUUUGAAGAUGUUUAAAAGGCACCUUUGAUGGACCUGAUGGCGGAGUAACGAAACUAAGACUUAUUUCCCAUCUCCGUGCACCCUCACUCUGCAUCUGGAAGAUAUCAACUUGCCUCAUUUCAGAUAAACUUUUAAAUAUUUCUUCUUAAAACGAGGACUGUAGAUUUUGUCCCGCAUCACUUGCAUUGUAUUAAUGUCCAGUAUGAAGAGGAGGAAUGAUGACAGUAAGCAAACCGGUUUUAUUGUAAAUAUGGGCACCUGACCGUUGUUUUACAACAGACUUGAAAAACUGUGAACUUGUCCUUUAAUAUUACCAGAAAAACCGAGAAUUUGUACCUUUAUAUGAAGCAGAAGUGAAUUAGACACGACUGUGAAGAAGCUCUACGACACUAAACUUGAAUGUUAAACUCAGUCAACUUUCUCUUUCACUCAUUCAUUCAGUCAGUCAGUCAGUCAGUCAGGGUUUCCCUGUGUAAUGAGAUUACAUGGGAUUAUAAAACCUCAUCUGUUUGUAAUCCACACCACUCAAUCCCAUUUCACUGCUCACACACACACACACACACACACACACACACACACACACACACACACUAGUAAUUAAUUCUCUCUGGUGCUACACAAUGAUCUCUCCUCUUAUUCUUUUCCCAUUUAAUCCCUUUCUUCUUCUUCUUCUUCUUUUGUCAUAUAAAUUAUCUCCUCGUGUCAUUUCCUCGUUUCCAUCCUUCCUCACUUCCUUCCCUCUCUUUCUUUCUUUCCUCCCUCCCAUCUAAUCCCUCCUUUCCUCACUUCUUCUUCUUCUUUUUUUUUUUUUUUUUUAAAUGACCACUUGUUCACUGAUCAGCGGUCAGUGUGUGAAGAACAUGCGUCCCUCUCGCCACCAGAGCUCGCAUGUGAGCCAUUACUGGACACACACACACACACGGAUACACACACACACACAUGCGCGCGUGCACGGGGCAAGGGGUUGCAGAGCCCCCCUUCCCCCCUCAAAAAAAAGAAAAAAGUGAGGAUGAAGGAAAAUAAAAACUUCCCAUUUAAGCGAAUCAAGCAGCUCGUGAGAAAGUUUAUGAAACAGCAAAACGAAAGAUCUGACCGAUACCCUUCGCACACACAAACACACUCACACACAUCAAUGGGGUGUAAUAAAGUCCUCCCACUCUCUCUCCACCAAUCACAUGCUCAGUCCUGCUGAGAGUCUUCAGUGAUUGGCUCAGUCGGCUGUCGGUCAUGUAUGGAAGGAGGCGGGUCCCGGACGGGGGGCUGACCUGGAGUCCGAUCCAGUAGCUUUUACGCACAGACCGGACAGUCCGCUUUCCACGCACGGAAAACAAGAGUGAGAGCCUAAUCUGGAUAGAGAGAAGAAGAAGAAGAGGAGGAAAGAGAAGAAACAGAAAGAGAAUUUGGAAAAAGUCAGAGGGAGGAAAAAAAAAAAAAAAGGAGAAAAGAGGCACAAGUGUUUUUCCCAGUUGGAAAGAGAUUGAGGAAAGUGUGUGUGUGAGUGUGUGUGAACGGGAGAGACAGAAGGAGAGAGUGUGUGUGCGCCUUCACCACUCUCCACUUCUUCCAGCACCACCACCACCACUACCACUACCACCUCCAUGUCACUCCCCGGCUCUCCUCCGCUCCUCUCGCCGGGCUCGGGCGCCCCUACUCCGGCCGCGCUCUACCGCUCCGCACCGGACGCGCUCCUCACCUCCGUCGCCUCCACCGGCACCUCCAGCCCGGCGCACACCAACUCCAACUCCCACUCUCACUCACACUCCUUGUCUCCGUCUCCGCGGCUCACCAGCAGCAUGCUCAGCGCGUUCCUACCCGGACCAGGAGGCGCGCUGGCCGGCUUGGGCAACGGCGGCGCCGCCCCGCUGGUGUCCGGAGGCGGUGCCGCUUUGGGUCCGCUCGGCGGGCUCGGCUCGCUGAGCACAGCCGGCCUGACCCCCGGUUCUCCCGGCUUGGCGCAGACCUCCUCCAGUCCCGGUCUUUGCAGCGAGUGCAAGCUGGUGGAGGUGCACGGCGUGAAGGUGGCCAGUUUCAGCGUGGACGGCCAGGAGCUGAUCUGCCUGCCGCAGGUGUUCGACCUCUUCCUGAAGCACCUGGUGGGAGGGCUGCACACAGUCUACACCAAGCUGAAGAGGCUGGACAUCUCGCCGGUGGUGUGCACCGUGGAGCAGGUGCGCGUCCUGCGGGGGCUCGGCGCCAUCCAGCCCGGCGUGAACCGCUGCAAGCUCAUCUCCAGGAAGGACUUCGAGACGCUGUACCAGGACUGCACCAGCGCCAGCUCUCGUCCGGGCCGUCCUCCGAAGCGUUGUUCUGGUGCAGGGAUCCAGGAAAGCCCCAGGCUGCUGCACCCGGGCCUCCCCGGCCUGCUGUCCCCCAACCUGCUGUCACACACUGGCCUGACAGCAGCAGCGAUGGCUGAGCUCCAGAAGCUUCAGAAGAUGAAGAUGAUGAUGAGUCUCCAGAACGGCAACGAGUCCGACAACGACGACCUGCACUCCAACACAGGAGGGAGUGAGUGUUCCUGGGAUAAGGAGCGUCUGACCAGCCCCCCUGCUGGAGCCCACAGCGGAGGCCUGGGAGGAGGAGGAGGAGGCGGAGGAGGAGGAGGAGGAGGUGGUGGUGGUGGCGGUGGCGGUGGCGGUGGUGGAGGAGCACCAGCAGGAGCUGUGGGAGGAGGAGCCGGAGGUGGUGCAGCAGGAGGUGGAGGGAGGGGGCCUGCCAUCGGAGCUGUCAAUCAACAACAACUCCAGCAGCAGCAGCAACAGCUACUCGCUAACAGGUUGGACCUGCCCUUCAUGAUGAUGCCCCAUCCUCUGCUGCCCAUGGGGUUGCCGCCUGCGUCCGUAGCCAUGGCGAUGUCACAGAUGAACCACCUCAACACCAUCGCCAACAUGGCCGCCGCAGCUCAGCAGAUACACACUCAUGUACACCGCGCGCCUGUCAUCAAGGAAAGAGUGUGUGACAGUCCCUCUCUCUCUCCGUCUAUCGAUGAGACCAACACUCCUCUGCAGUCACAGCCCAGCAGCUCGGCCUCCAGCUCGCCCGAAAGACUGGGACUGGUGUCAGCUGAUGCAGAUGUUGCACUGACCAACCCUGCUGCACCCAUCAAGAAAAUAACAAAGGACAAAGAAGAGUCUUCGCUGGGACAAGCCCUGCCCCCCGGCUUCCCCGCUCCGUUCCUAUUCGCUGACGGCCUGUCGUCAGUGGAGACCCUGCUCACCAACAUACAGGGCCUGUUGAAGGUGGCGGUGGAGAACGCCCGGGUCCAGGACAAACAGAUCCAGGCGGAGAAGAGGGAACUGAAGAUGGAGCUCUACAGAGAAAGAGAGAUGAGGGAGAGUCUGGAACGACAGCUCACCUCCGAACUACAGAGCAGAGCCUCCAUCCAGAAGCGUCUGAAGAAGGAGAAGAAGGCCAAGAGGAAGCUGCAGGAGGCGCUGGAGUUCGAAUCCAAGAGGAGGGAGAGAGUGGAGGACGCUCUGAAACACUCGUCCUCGUCCUCCCCCUCUCCUGAGCCGCUGCACGCCGCCAACAACAACAAGAACGACGCUGCUGUAGCCGAGGAUAAACCUGAACUUAAUGGAAACCAGCAAGACAACGGCGCUGUACAAGAAUCCCGGGCGUUUCUGAAGACCCCCAUGAUGUUCUAGAGAGAGGGAGACUCCGCCUCCAGAAACCCCGCCCCUUCUCCACCUUUCCCCCCUUCCUCCUCCUCCUCCUCCUCCUCCUCCUGCACAGAAGAACUCCACCAGCCCGUUUCCGCAGCAACCACAGCUUCCUCGGCUGCCUGGAUCACCAUGGCGAUGACCUCCCCAGGCGGGAUACUGUCUUUGCUAACAACGCAACCUUUUUUUUGGCGUUGCUAUGAAACAAUGAGACUACUAAGAGACACGCCCCCUGACUCGGACUCACCGGGGGUCGUAUCUCUCUCUCUCUCUCUCUCUCUCUCUCUCUCUAUCUAUCUUUUCUUCUCUCUUUCUUCCUCUUUUUAGAAACUUCACUCCAUUCAUUCCUCCUUUUCUCUCCCUGCACCGUGACUUUUUUCUCAUCCCUCGUUUUGUUUCAAAACUGAAAAAAAUAAAAAUUAAAUGAGCAAAAAGGGGGCGAGGAAAAUUUACCACGAAGCAAACGGACCGGACCGGACCGGACCGGACCGGACCGACGUCAACAGGAACUCUCGGUUGGACAUCGUUUGGGAAAAGUGAACAGCAGGGAUCCGUUUGAUUGGACGAUUCAGACUUUUUUAAAAAAAAAAUGGUCCAAUGACAGGAUGCGAUCCACGAUGAAUGAUUCUGAUUGGUGCUGACAGAACAAGAACGGUUUCAUGAAGAGACUAAAAAAAAAAAUUUAAAAAAAAAUGUUAUUUACGUUCUGUAAAGGGAAAAAAAAAAAAAAAAAAAGUUCGACCCCCCUCUGGAUGUGACGCGACUACAGGCUGUCGACACACUCUGAUUGGACGGUAAUCAACUAAUCGGAGGAGCUCAGGACUGGAGGAGGAGGGGGUUCAGCUUAUGAAAAAAAAAAAAAGAAGUGUAAAGAAAACUAUUGGGAAGGAAAAAAAAUGAGAAAACGACUUGGGAGGCUAUUUCUGUCUCUCAUGUUUCAUUCAUUUUUGUUUUCCGUACAGGGACUGAAAAGAAUGCAUGGGAAAACUUUUCUUAUGUUGUCAUUUGGCUUAUUUUAUCCUCCGUACACUCCUUACCUCUGACUCUCUCUCUUCUUCCCUCUCUUAUAAUCUUUUCUUCCUCUUUUUUCGGUUAAUUCCUCCCCCCUUUAUUUUUCACUAUUUUCUAUAAAACAGCUCCUCUUCCUCUUAUACGUUCUCACUCUUCUUUUCUCCUGUCCCUUCUACAUCUCUUCUUCUUCUUCUUCUCUUCAUUUUCUGUCCUUUUCUUCUUCCUGUCUCUGUAAGGAGGCAUUACUCUGAAAAUGUUGGAUGCAGCUUUUCAAUGUAUGAAGUGUUUUCUAUCACCCUUAAAAAAACAAAAAAAAAACAAAAAAAAAAAAACAACCCUGUGAAAUCUGUUUCU